UCUGUUGUUAUUCGCUAAUCAUCCUCACUUUGCCAACUCAUUACCUGCAAUUGAUCUUUUUCAUCUUAUAGUUGGAGUUUCGGUUCUACUUUCGGUCCAUAUUGUUCAACUACCAUUAAUUUUGUGGAAUUUGAACUCUACCGAUUAGCUCAGACGAAACCAUUGGGUUUCAACGCCUUCUUUUGCUUCUUUCUUAUGUUGGAGUCUGUUUAGAGUAUUGUCGCUUAACUCCUUGAUGACAUCAUUCUGAUUUUGAUUGGAAAAGUUGAGACUCCUUCUGAGAAUGGUUUCCGUUGAUAAUGGUAAUGUCAAUAAUGAAAUCGAGGAAAAAAAGGGUACUGAAAUAAAGGAAAUUUCAGCUUCUCCAGAGACCGCUAUAAGCGGUGAAAAUCCUGUGCGGAAGUCUCAAAACACGUUGAGCUGUCAUCCUCCUAGUGGGAUUAAGUUCCACAAACUUGGUUCUGCAUUAGUCAAAUCCAUGACCGAGAGCAGCCAGAUUUCACAAUCUGUGCCUUCUGGUACAUAUCACUUGGGGAAACGGUUCAGUGGCGUGUUUACGCAGAAACUUGACUGGAGUUCCCUCAAGAAUAUGUUCAAGGAAUGGAUUAGAAACCCAAUGAACAUGGCUCUUUUCGGGUGGAUCAUCUGUGUUGCUGUUUCUGGUGCAAUUCUCUUCCUUGUUAUGACUGGAAUGUUGAACAGUGUGCUUCCAAAGAAGUCUCAGAGAAACACGUGGUUUGAAAUUAACAAUCAGAUACUCAAUGCUCUGUUUACACUUAUGUGUUUAUACCAGCACCCCAAAAGAUUCCAUCAUCUUGUACUUUUGUGCAGAUGGAGACAGAAUGAUAUCUUUGCGCUUAGAAAGGUGUACUGCAAGAAUGGAACCUAUAAACCACAUGAACGGGCACAUAUGAUGGCAGUGGUUCUUCUCCUUCACCUGAACUGUUUUGCUCAAUAUGCGCUUUGUGGUCUAAAUUUGGGGUACAAAAGAUCAGAGAGACCUGUCAUAGGAGUUGGAAUUUGUAUAUCUUUUGCAAUAGCUGCGCCAGCAAUUGCUGGUCUUUAUACCAUUCUUAGCCCUCUUGGUAGGGAUUAUGAUUUUGAGAUGGAUGAAGAAAAACAGGUCCAAACCACUUCAUCUCAAAAACCAUUGGAGAAAAAAUAUUCAUUUGCAGCAAGAGAUGAACAUAAUAGGGUGUUUGAGAAUGAACCACGGUGGAGAGGAGGAAUACUUGACAUUUGGGAGGAUAUCUCCACUGCAUAUCUCUCCCUCUUCUGCACUUUUUGUGUGUUUGGUAGGAACAUGGAGAGACUUCGUUUUGGAAACAUGUAUGUUCAUAUUGCUACUUUCAUUCUGUUCUGUACAGCUCCAUUCUGGAUUUUUAUAUUCGCUGCUGUUGACAUUGAUAAUGACACUGUUAGAGAGGCUCUAGUAGCCACUGGGAUCAUUCUUUGUUUUCUUGGUUUGUUGUAUGGUGGCUUUUGGAGGAUCCAAAUGAGAAAGAGGUUCAAUUUACCUGCCUAUACCUUCUGUUUUGGUGAACCCUCGAUUUCUGACUGCACAAUAUGGCUCUGCUGUUUCUGGUGCUCGCUUGCUCAGGAGGUAAGAACUGGGAAUUACUAUGAUGUUGUAGAUGAAAAAUUCUGUAGGAAAGAAGGGGAUAUCAAUGACCAACCUUCAAUUUUGUCACUGCCUCGUGAAGAUGGAGCAUUGACCUCACCUGACACAAGUUCCUCUCUGGGUAAAAAUGGAGCAAUGAGCCUACCAAGUCCAGGCUUUAUUAGAAGGGAUGGCCCGUAGGCACCAGGGGAACCGGGGAAAAAAUGCAGAGAGAGAUCUGUUUCACUGGCUUCAAGUGACUUUGAAUAGGAGAAUCUCUUGAAUGUUGGAUGGUGACUUUUUACUGACUCCUUUUUGCACGCUUUUCCUGGGUUAAUAGUGGGUUAUAUGGAAGGUAAACAACACAUCUGUAAUUGAUGAUCACAGAAUUGUAACCUUGUUUCUCUAAUUUUAUUUGAGGGAAAUUGAAGAUUGUCAAUUUUUCAUGUGGCUUGUUUAUACCAGGUUGAAUCAUUGAAUGUUACAGAAAGAGACAAUGGAUGUU